UGUAUAUAGGCAGCUAGGGACCUGAUCCUAGAUCAGCACUCUUACUCUCAGACUGUGGAUACUGGCCCAGGUCUUGAUUAAUUUUGUUUUAAGUGUGGGACCAUUCCUUUGACUUAUCAAAUCAUUAAAGCGUGUCAAGUAAUCAAAUCGACUAACACAUUUGCAUAGGACUCAUAGCAAUCCCUCAUUGCCCAAUCAGAAGAUGCUCCAUAGCAGGGUGCUCAUAUCAGAUUUCUUGAUCCAACAUCAUCUCACUCUGUAUCUCUUACAGUCAGUAGACAUGGAGGAUGGGAAGCCUGAUCUGCUGCUGGUCAAAGAGGAGACAGUAGAAGACGGACCAGAGAGCAUUGAUCUGCUGAGUGGACUAAAGAUGGGGGAGCAAGGUGUUUGGCUAGAGGCUAACAGAGGAGUCUGGGCGUCCAUCUUGGAUUCCAAGACCGGUGCAGCCAAGAUCCCAGGGGUCAACAUCACUGAGCAGGCCAGGACCAGAGGCAAUAUAGUGGAGGUCAACAGAUGGAACCGCAUCCUCAACUCUGGGCUGGGGAACAACACUGUUAACUACAACCAGAAACAGACAGUGGAACACAAAACAACAUCUGAACUUAGUCUCCAUGACAACAGACUGGCUGAGACUAGGGCAAGGCGUAGAUUAGGUCUGCGAGGAUGGGGAGGUGUCUGUAUUCAGCUGGAGAGAACAGACACAGACUCGGCUAGCGAUGCUCCCUCCUGCUCCUAUAGUUGUGAUUCAGAGAGACUGAUGGAGCCUCAGGUUAACCCCCUAACAGGUGCUGCCUUCAGCCUGCCUUCUAUAGGAUCUAUCAACUGGAACAUGGACCCUGAGACAACACAGACACUCCCUGGACUUCGUCCUCCUCACACUCUCCUAAUGUUAAACCAGACCUCAGACAAUGCCAGUGCCUCAACACUAAAUGGCUACACAAGUCCAUUGACAAAUGACAAUAGUAGUGACGCUAUCAGCAGAUCCAGUGGCAAAGAGAAGCGCUUCCCGUGUUCGUUCUGUGGGAAAGCCUUCAGUUUCCCAAAACAGGUGGAGAUCCACCAGAGGAUGCACACGGGGGAGAAACCAUUCAGCUGCCAUCUGUGCCGGGCCAGUUUCUCCCACUCGUCCAGCCUGAAAAGGCACCAGAUGGUCCACACAGGGGUGAAACCCUUCAGCUGUGCCCAGUGUAACAUGCGCUUCGCCCAGGCUGGUGACCUGAAGAGGCACCAGAGGGUCCACACAGGGGAGAAACCCUUCAGCUGCCCUCAGUGUGAGAAGAGGUUCACCCGUCAGAACCAGCUGAAGAUGCACCUGAAGGUCCACACGGGAGAAAGGCCGUUUGCCAAUACGCACUGCAGGAAGAGGUUCUCAGAGAGGAGCUACCUCAGGAUACACCAGCAGAAAAAACAUUCCACUCUAUAACAUUGAAAGUAACCAUUCCCCUGGAUAGCUUCUGGCGUUUAGAUCAAACCCUGCAAUAAAGACAAAGAUGAAUUUUCAUUGUUGUCAGCAGAAAAGAUCCACAGAUGCAGAUUUCAGUGUUGAAUAUUCUUUGAGAGAAUAUUUCAUCCAGUCAUUGUGUGAUAUAUAAGCCUAAAAAGCCUACAUAUUGUGUUUGUAUUUUGUAGGCUAUGAUGUUCACAAAUACCUAUUUCAUUACUUCCAUUCAACUACCCCCCCAUACACUUUUAAUGAGAAAGUGAAUGCGGUUUAUCAAGUUCAUGCAGAGUUUUAGUUGAGAUGUGUAGUUUUCAUAUGGUGUAUUUAAAACUGGUUUAUGUUUAAUAAACACUGUGACUUUUCA